CUCCCGAUUUUGCUCGCAUCGCUGAGAGCCGGCCCGGGCAGACGGGCGCGAGCGGGCUGUGCAGGCAGGGCGCGCGCCGGACGCGGGUGGCUCAAGGGGUCCGUUUGGGCGGCGUCCGGAGCCCGACCGACGGGCUGAGGAGCGGGCGCCGCGAUGGCCGAGGGCAGCGCCGUGUCAGACCCUCAGCACGCCACGCGCCUACUGCGAGCUCUCAGCUCUUUCCGCGAGGAGUCCCGCUUCUGCGACGCGCACCUGGUCCUCGACGGGGAGGAGAUACCGGUGCAGAAGAACAUCCUGGCGGCUGCCAGCCCGUACAUCAGGACAAAGUUAAACUAUAAUCCUCCAAAAGAUGAUGGAUCAACCUAUAAGAUUGAACUUGAAGGGAUAUCGGUAAUGGUUAUGAGAGAGAUCCUGGAUUACAUCUUCAGUGGGCAGAUCCGGCUGAAUGAAGAUACUAUCCAAGAUGUUGUGCAGGCAGCAGACCUGCUCCUGCUGACGGACCUUAAAACUCUCUGCUGUGAGUUCUUAGAAGGCUGCAUUGCCGCCGAGAACUGCAUCGGAAUCCGAGACUUUGCGCUCCACUACUGCCUGCACCACGUGCAUUACCUGGCCACGGAAUACCUGGAGACUCACUUCCGAGAUGUCAGCAGCACAGAGGAAUUCCUAGAACUGAGUCCUCAAAAGCUUAAAGAAGUGAUUUCUCUUGAGAAGUUAAACGUUGGCAACGAACGAUAUGUAUUUGAAGCAGUCAUCCGAUGGAUAGCACAUGAUACAGAAAUAAGAAAGGUCCACAUGAAGGACGUCAUGUCAGCGCUGUGGGUUUCAGGGUUGGACUCGAGCUAUUUACGGGAGCAGAUGCUGAAUGAGCCGUUAGUCCGAGAGAUUGUCAAAGAGUGCAGCAACAUCCCUCUCAGCCAGCCGCAGCAGGGGGAGGCCAUGCUCGCCAGCUUCAAGCCCCGGGGCUACUCGGAGUGCAUCGUGACCGUUGGCGGAGAGGAAAGAGUUUCACGGAAGCCAACAGCAGCGAUGCGAUGUAUGUGCCCCCUUUAUGACCCUAAUCGGCAGCUGUGGAUUGAACUGGCCCCUUUAAGCAUGCCGAGAAUCAACCACGGAGUCCUCUCAGCAGAAGGAUUUUUGUUUGUAUAUGGGGGCCAAGAUGAAAAUAAGCAGACCCUGAGCUCAGGAGAAAAGUAUGACCCAGAUGCAAACACAUGGACCGCACUGCCACCAAUGACCGAGGCAAGACAUAACUUUGGAAUUGUGGAGAUAGAUGGGAUGCUGUACGUUUUAGGAGGAGAGGAUGGUGAAAAAGAGCUAAUUUCCAUGGAAUGUUAUGAUAUUUAUUCUAAAACCUGGACAAAGCAACCCGAUUUAACCAUGGUUAGAAAGAUUGGCUGCUAUGCAGCUAUGAAAAAGAAAAUCUAUGCCAUGGGUGGAGGAUCAUAUGGAAAACUCUUCGAGUCUGUGGAAUGUUAUGACACACGGACCCAGCAGUGGACCGCUAUCUGUCCACUGAAAGAGAGAAGGUUUGGAGCUGUAGCCUGUGGAGUCGCCAUGGAACUGUAUGUAUUUGGGGGAGUCAGAAGUCGUGACGACAUCCAGGGGGGCGAGAUGGUAACCUGCAAGUCGGAAUUCUACCACGAUGAGUUUAAAAGGUGGAUCUAUCUUAAUGACCAGAAUUUAUGCAUCCCCGCCAGUUCCUCUUUUGUGUACGGAGCUGUCCCCAUAGGAGCCAGUAUCUAUGUCAUCGGAGAUCUUGAUACAGGUACCAAUUACGACUACGUGCGCGAGUUCAAAAGGAGCACGGGAACCUGGCACCACACCAAGCCCCUCCUCCCCUCUGACCUCCGCCGCACCGGGUGUGCAGCCUUACGUAUUGCGAAUUGCAAGCUUUUCCGCCUGCAGCUUCAGCAGGGCUUGUUCCGCAUCCGCGUUCACUCACCUUGACGGGGCCGCGGCGCGGAAGCGGAGCUCCUGACCAAGCGCGCCGGGACGCGGCGCUCUGCGAGGGGACAGAGAUGGCAGGCGACCCUUGCUCUGCGCCGGCCUCUGUGCGGUAACGCGAGUGGUUUUCUAACGCUUAGAAGCCUGGGCUUCCAGCUCUUGUUCGGGAGAACACGUAACUGCUGAAAAAAAACGAGGAUGAGUCAGUUCCUCCAGGAGAUGUGUCCCUAGACCAACCGGGCUAGUCAGCGUCAGAGGAAAAGGGAAUUGGGAAUCCGUGUCAUGUAAAAUCAGGAAGUUACAGCACCAAGGUGCAUGUUCCCCGCGGGGAGCUCACGUCUGGCUGACCGCUGUGUUCGAGUAUCUGGCUUUGGUUAACAAACGAGCAAACAUGCAUAUAUCAACAUAUCCAAACAUAGCAGGAUUGCUUUUCCACUGCACUUGGAAGGAGAUAUUAUGCCUAACUCUGCCCAACAAUUUAAGGUUUGUGCCUAAAAUGUUAGAUUGGACUCAGUGCCAGUUAGUCUCCACUUACUACUAGUUCUCUGUCCUAAGAAUCUUUUUUAAACCAAAUUUUGAUGAAUUGAAACUAAGAUAAAAUUUCUCUUUUAUGACAUUCUAUCUUAGUAAUCCAAAAGAGUCAAUAAAUUAAGGAGUCAGGUGGCAGCCCUCCCGUGAAUUUAAAGGAAGUUGCUGACUUCUGUGUAAAUUCAGAUGAAGAUGUGUCAUGCCGUCAUUUCUGGGGUUGUGAAGGAUCUCAUGCAGUGCCAGUCUUCCUUUCCAACUAACCAGAACUGUUUUAUAAAUAUGAGGAUGUUAGUGAGUAGGAGAUUUUGUAAAAGAAGGACCUGAGCCGGACAAAUAAUAAAGGUCUGCUAUGACCAAAAAAAAAAAAAAAAAAGGUCCAGAGGAAAUAUAUAGGGAUCAAAAACUUUUAAAAGUAAUCUGUCUGAAAGCACACAAAGUCUUGUUUACUACUGUCUAGGAUUUGAAAACGUGUCUUGGAAUGCGAAUCCAUGUGAAGAAUCUAGUCUUUAUAGCAGAAUUUUUUCAAUGCCGUUCACUAGUACGAGUUUCAGACAAAUUACAUUACAAGUAAAGGUUGGCUGGUAGAAUAAACUACCUCAACUUAAUUUCAUUCUGUUCCUGUAGAGCAAAUUAAUCCUUUCUUCCUUCCCUCCCUCUCACUCCCAUGUCGACCCACUCAACCCCACUCCCCAAGGGGGAAAAAGUCUGUCAUUAGUGGUACUUACCUUGUAAGAUAUAUUUUUUUAAUUAUUUUAUUUAUUUUAGUUUUAGCUGCGUUGGGUCUUCGUUGCAGUGCACAGGCUUCUCAUUGUGGUGGCUUCUCUUGUGGCGCACAGGCUCUAGGUUUGUGGGCUUCAGCAGUUGUGGCACAUGGGCUCAAUAGCUGUGGCUCGCAGGAUCCAGAGCGCAGGCUCAGUAAUUGUGGCUCACGGUCUUAGCCGCUCCGUGGCAUGUGGGAUCCUCCCAGACCAGGGCCCGAACCCGUGUCCCCCGCAUUAGCAGGCGGAUUCCUAACCACUGUGCCACCAGGGAACCCCUUUUGUAAGAUAUUUUGUUUUCCAUUCGAAUUAUACCACCUUAGUGUGAAACCAAGGAGUUCAAAGUGCUUGAUGACUUCAUCAUUUGAAUUUUAUGCAAUAUCAGAUUUCUAAUCAAUUUAAUAUAGAGCUCUUCAUUUCUAAUUGUUUUCUACAGCUUCCCCCCGCCCCUUAGCAUAUGGCUAUAAGAAGCAGCAUUUAGUCUUAAUGAUUAAUAAAUGUAUAAGUGUAUCCUUUGGUUAUAAAUUUGAGAAUAGGAAUUUCUCCUAGAAACUUCCUACCUGGAAUGUCUGUAUGCUUUUCCCAUGCACAUGAAACAUCACUUGUCUUUUCCCACCCAGGAACAGUAGAAGUCAAUCCAGUGUUAGAAAAGUCACUGAACAGCCUUGUCUGUGGGAAUUCUAAAGAAUGUUGUGUGUGUGCAUUAACUCUCCAUCCUGGCAGAGACAUGGGUAAAAGGAGGUACAGGGUUUUCCUCUUCUCUAUCAGAGGCACUGGGCCAGAUUUGCCAGCCAUUCACCUAACAGUCAGAUUUGACGCGUAAGUCAAAGCCAGCCUCUUUGCUUUGUACCGUGUACCAGUCAGCUGUUGUCUGCACGCUUUCCCCAGGACACCUUGGAUGUCUUUUAAUCAAAGCAAACUGCAUGGCCACUGCAAAGAAAGAAAACUUUCUUUGUACAACUAGAUGUUAGUUUUAGAGGAAAUAAAUUUCUGAAAAAGUGGAUUUUCUUUGGUAAAAUGUCCCAUACAGAACAGAACCUUGGCCUUCAGAAGCCACAGCUGAGGUACAUUAAAGUGGUAACUGAUGUCCUAUUAAAGCCAUGACAGUCAGCAAUUCUCUUUUCUUUAAUUUCUGAAAUUUAAAGUCCUUCCCAGGCUACACCGGGCCUCUCCAAGGAGACAGUUCAUUGUUUAGGAGUGAAUGAGUCCCUGUUGCAGUAUUAUCAGUGCCUGCAUGACUUGGUCAAUUCAUUUUAUAAAAGUAGUUUUGUUUUUUUUUUAAUUUAGUUCAUUGACACUGUAGCUUCAGAAAUUAGCUAACUUUUUUAAAAUUAAAUUUUAAAUAUAAUAUAAUUAUAUUAAUUAUAAUGACCAAUGCCACAUAAUAUGGAAUGACCAAUAAAUGACCAAUGCCACAUAAUAUGGGAUGCAAUAAACAAGAAAAGCUGCUAAGUGCCAAACUGUUAUUUUACUAUAUAUAAAUAUAAAAAUAUUACACUGAAGUGUAGGGAUGUAUUUAAUUUUAUUAUGUUCCAAAAUUAAUCAUGACUUUUUUGUAAAUUACAGUUACUUUAGUAUCGUGAAAAAAUUUUUAACUAAUUUCACACAGGUUUGUGUUUUAACCAUCCAUUUAUGCUUUGAAAUAUCCUUUCUUGGUAAAUGUUUGAUACUUCUUUUUCCAUUAGGCACUUUUAUCAGGUGUAUAUUGGAAUUAGCGGUGAAAGAUAGAUCUUAACAUUUUAAAUACAGUAUCUUUGGGGGAAGUGCAAUUUAUUUUCAUUAUCCGCCAACAGAAGGAAAGUUGUCUCAGCUUAGAGUAAUUUAAAGGAUUUCUUCUAGGCUACGGUCUAAAGUAGGUUUGUUUGUUUCUUUGUUUAACACAUCCAAAUACAGAUUUUUUUUCAAAGAUUUUAGUGUUUAAUUUAAAAUGAAGUUUUAAAUUUUUUUGUGAUAGUGCUUAUAUCCUGUGAGAUGUAAAAGUGUGAGAGAGAGAGUGUGUGUGUGAGUGUAUGUAUGUGUGUGAUGUGACUAGGUAAGUCUGUUUGUAUAUGUUUAGCUUUGGAAUUGUCGUUCCAAACUACAUAUAUUAUUGUCUCCUGGUGCUUCAGAUAAAUUCUUGAGCCUGCGGUCCUUCAGUUUAUACUACUGUGUUAAACUCAUGUUGAGUGUAUAUAUUGAUGUAUUUGUAGUUUGUAGUAAGUUUUACUUGACGUUUGCAUUUCUUUUCUUUAGCAUAUUGAAAACAGUGUUAGCGUUUACCAACUCAUAGUUGGUAUGUUAUAAAGAUUUGGCCUAAGAAAUUUCUAAAUUCGUCGUUUCUUUUACUGCUAUGAGGAGUUGAUAGCUGACAGUAGGGUUUUUUCAAACUGUGCAACCACCAAAAAAGAGUAUUUGGGGGAUGUUGGACGGCAUAUUGUUUGUCUUGAAGUGUUCUGUUAUCUUGCACUACCGCUUGAAUGAUGGCACUUUCUUCGGUGAUGCUUUGGAAGUGCCAUUUUGUCAUUUAUGAGUGAGGAGUUGCCUAGGGAAUGCGUGGGAGAUACAUCGUUUAUAUUGAUGUGGUAAAGACAGGGCUCCUUUGCUGUGGCACUGCAGUUACUCAGGGUACCAAGUUAGGUUUUUAGAGAAAUGUGUUAGCUGCUUAGGUCCUUUGGGGUUCCGUUUGGUGUGUUCCCUGCUUCAUUGCACCAAACCAGGGAUCUCCAAAAGUUUUCCAAGGAGCAUUAAAAACACUGCAGUGGGCUUCCCUGGUGGCGCAGUGGUUGAGAGUCCGCCUGCCGAUGCAGGGGACACGGGUUCGUGCCCUGGUCCGGGAAGAUCCCACAUGCCGCGGAGCGGCUGGGCCCGUGAGCCAUGGCCGCUGAGCCUGCGCGUCCGGGAAAAACAAAACAAAACAAACAAAACAAACAAAAAAAAACACUGCAGUAUUACCUUCCGGAAUGUUGGCUUUCUUGAUUCAAGAGGAGGCUGCCUGUGGUCACAUGAAGACCUGUGAUUGUCCGGGGAAAGAAUGAGGUGGCACUUUCACCACAUCAGUUUUGAAGGUGCUGGAACCCCCAUACAGAGCACCCAGUGGAAGGGGAGGGAAGGGUGAGGCUGGUCUGGUCCAGUGGCUGCCCCUGGAGCCGUGAGAGAAGAGACUCCACCUGGCACAGAAAAGCCCGCCCUGGGUUUAGUCAACAGUGUUGACUGAGCACCUACUCAGAAUUCUGCUUGGGUUUCUGGGGAGCUUCACAGUGAGGCAGAUGAAGUCCUGCCCUCCCUCUAGACUGUGAACUCCUUGUGGGAAGGAGCCCUACUUUAGUCUUCUGCUAAUCCUAGUGCUUGGCACACGGUAGGUAGUCAAUAAAUGACCAAUGAAUACAGUGUCCUUGUGAUCCAGGUGACGUUCUUCACAGGAUUGAAGGGACUUACUUUUAAGUGAGAAGCUUUGCACACAGAUAGGCCGGCCUCAUAAUACAGAGUGGGAAACCAGUACAGAAUAACAAAUGCAAAGUGCCUGACUUAUACGUGACGCACAGCUCUGUGGUCUCCGUAUGUUCUGGAGGAUUUUUGAAACCCUGUACUCGGCACACCCAAUAAUGUUUACCACAUCUAAUGUUGGGUUUUGUUCACUGCUUUUUAUAUGGGGCUCAAAAUCUUUUCCGGAACGUACUGCUUUGAUCCUCACAUCUCUGCGAUGGGUGCAGUGCUCUCCAUUGGACAGAAAGCAGCCUUUGAGGCCCAGUAGAUACAGCUUCAUUCCCCGCUUCAGAUGUGAGUAGAAGCCAAAAAGUGGAAUCUGGUCUUUGGAUUAUCAAUGUCACUGUUCAGUGUAUUAGAAUAUCACUUAAUUUUUUAGGCAUACAAGUAUUUUUAAUCAUAUAAUAAUCAUUUAUGGUAUAACUUAAACCCCCAAACGUAUCCUUUGCAAGUUCCACAAAUAUAAACUAAAAGAUCUUUGGUUUUCUUUGUCAUUUAGCUGUGGGAAAUUUAAGAAUUUACUAAAGUUGUAAGAACAGAAGUCAUAAGCGUUUGUGUUUGAGAGAGAAGCUGUUUUUACUUUUAAAAGCUGAAGCUUCAUUUAUCCUUCCCUUUCUUAGGUCUAAUCAGUAAGGGAAAAGAUACUGUGUCUUAGAAUGUUGAGGAAAGCAUUUUGCUAGCUUUCUACUAAUCCCUGAAGUAUUCCCUAGAGCUGGUUGAUAGAAGUUUAUGGUACAAGGGUGAGGAAUGCCCCACUUGCCCACAUUUGAGGGGAACGUGAACUCAGGUGAGUUAAUCCUGCCUGCUGGCAGUGGAGUCCUCCUGGUCUUGAACUGGAGACUUCCUCUAUUUUUUGGCAAACCAGCUAGUAAAAAUUCUAAAUUUUUUGUAAUUUUGUUUCAGAGAUAAUUCUAUUAUUUUAAUUUUAAACAUAUCUCAACUUGGUCUCUGCAGUAUGUGACGUGUGAGAAGCUCAGAUGUAACUCUAUAUUCUUUGGACUGAUGCAUACUGCUUAGGAAAGUUAGUUCUUUUUCAAUUCUCUCAUUGAAGUUCUCUAAGCGAAUGGAUUUUUAAACUCCUUCCCUUUCUUAUGAAAUCCAAUAUCUGAUAACAUUGCAUAAUAAUCUAGUGAGAAAUGUCUGUUGCCUUCUCUUUUUCAUGUUGAGAUAAAAACUAAUCUUUUAAAAUUGC